GAAGCUCAACACAUCUCGUGCUUAAAAUGUGCUUUGAACUAAUUAAAACUUUGUGAAUACUAUUGUAUCGGAGACAGUCGUGUUAAAUCAAGAAGAAACUUUAAAAAAUGAUAACUCGAUUGAACAUAGCAAAUUAUAAGUUAUAUUGGAGAUGAAGAAAGUUAACUAUGUGUUAUUUAUAAAAUUUUAUAGGAAAACCCCUUUUUUUUAUCGCGAACUAUUUUUGAACAUUGGAAACCCAACUUUUACAUGAUGCUUGGAUCCCAGGACACCACAUCAACACUGUAGAGCAUUGUUUUACAGGCUCAAAUCAUUAUGGCGAGUCUGGCCGAUGUUUUCACGGAGAAAGAAAGGACGAACUGGCUGAAGGCAUGGCUUGCAGUGGAUAUUGCAAAGUCUGGAUUAGAUAACUUCGCGGGGACCGAGGCUAAAACUUUACAUGCGAAUAUAUACAACGCUGUCUGGUUAAGUGUUCAAGCACCAGCUGUGUGCAUUGGUUGUCACACCGCAAACUUACUGAAAUGCCCAACUCCAGGAAUAUGCAAUAAACGAGGCGCAAACAGCUCAUGUAAGGCUAUGCAUGAUACCGCGGCAAAACAACCUCGAACGUGCCCUACUAACGUGUGUAAUAAAGUUCUCGACGAAAUAAGAACACUGCACAAAUUUGCUAGUCCUUCGUGGAAAAAUACAAGGGCGGGGCAAUGGGCACAAAAUCCCUGGCAAAUUGCAAAGGCGUAUUUACCGCCGGACGGAUAUAUUGGAAAGAGUUCGGUGCAAGACACGGACUUUAACGGAAUCAUCAGUUUUAUGAUGAAUUGUAAACACUUUGACAGCAAGUUUUCGUUCCUUAUAGCUCCAGGAAAAAACAAUCCUCCGUGUUUACUGACAAAGGCGCGUGACAUUGGCAGGACAGUCCGUCACUCGUCUCAGUGUACACUCACUGACGCAGCUCUUCAGGACAUCUUCACAACACUGACUGACCUGCUGAAUGACCCAACGUGUCUAGCACACAAUGGCGCAUCACAGAAGGCUGUGAAGAAAUUAGCAAAGCUGCAACAUGACGUGUUGAAGAUAACCACAGAGGAAAUUAUCAAUUUACUAGACGCUGUUCAAAAUGAAUUAAAGACAAUUGUUCAAGAUGAGCUAAAGGACGUUGUUCAAGAUAAAGUUAAGGACGUUGUUCAAGAUAAAGUGAAGGAAGUUGAAAAUAUAGCCGAGAAGACCCUUCACGAAAUAAGGGUGUACCUCGACCAAUGUAGGAAUGAUCUCAAGAAGUACACUGAAAAAUGCGAAGAUCAACUUGAUAAACACGCUGACAAAUGUACAGAGAAACUUAAUAAACACACUAAAAAAUGUGACGAUAAACUUGAUGAACACACCGAAACAUGUCAAGAUAAACUUAAUAAACACACUAAAAAAUGUGACGAUAAACUUGAUGCACACACUCAAAAAUGUGAAGAGAAACUUGAUGAACACACUAAUAAAUGUGAAGUGAAACUUGAUGAGCACACUGAAAAACUUAAAAAUGCACUUGAACAUUCUCAAAAGCCUGUCGAAUCAAACUAUGAGCAAUCCUGUGAAGAUCUCCGUCGACGUUUGAUUGAACAUUACAAUGACAUCUCUAGCUAUGUGCCUCUUUCAACUUUGGAUCAAAGAUUUGAUAAGCGUAUAACAGACAUAUAUGCAACGCCUAAAAUAAAUCGAAUUGAUAUUAAGAAAGACGGUACACGCAAAAAAGAGGAACCAUUAAGUUCGUACAAAGAACUGUUUUUCAAAAACGACCAUGCAAAUAGACGCAUUUACGUACAAGGCGAACCCGGCUCCGGGAAGUCAACUUUUGCAGCUAAGUUGGUUCAUGAUUGGUGCCAUGAAAAUCAGCCUUUAUUGACGGCUCCGAAUAAAAAUACAGCGUUUAAUGACUUGAUGACAAUACAAACAUUCAAGUUACUAUUCUUCAUCUCGUUGAGAAAUGUGCGGGGACAGAAAGAUAUGAGUCAGAUGAUUAAAGACCAGCUCGUUGAUCAAAUGUAUUCCAAAGAUGAUCUUAACGGUGCGUACAGACUUUUAAAAAAAUGUAUAGAGACUGAACAAUGCCUCGCAGUUCUGGAUGGCCUAGAUGAAUGGGUGGCUCCUACGGGUUGUAACCUAGCUGAACCUUCUAUGCCAGGAUUACGGAAGGACAAAGUCACGGUUCUCACAACAGCUCGACCAUGGAAACUGGUUGAUGAACGAAUCAAGAAUUCUCAAAUCGACAUUCUUUUAGAGAUUCAGGGAAUAAACGAUCCGGAUAUGUUUUGUGUAAAUAUACUCGGAUGCUUAAUUGACGAUACUAAGUAUCUGGAUAACGCUGUGGAGGAAUUUCAAAAAUUUGUUAAAAAACGAGAGCUUAAAUCGUUAUCAUCCUCACCGAUGCUGUACACGCUAGUUAUCUGUAUGUGGGUGGACACGAUGAAAGAGGUAGAACAAUUGAAAGAAUAUUCCUUGUGUGCAUUAUACACUAAACUGAUUGAAAGUCUUUGUAAAAAGAUUAACAGUACAACUGGUUAUUUUAAUAAUUCAAACCCUUCACCUGUAAAGUGUUUUUCUAGCACAAGUUACCUGCAGCCAAACAUUGAGCUCAUAGAUAAGCUUGCUGUUGCAGCUUGCAAAUUGCUGUUCUCACGUGAAAGAGAAACAUCUAUUGUUUUUAGUGACAUACAAUUAUCGAACUAUUUUUCUCGGGAAGACUUCACACUAUGCAGGACGUUCGCUCUCCAGGCAGGAAUAUUAACAAACAGGAAAGAUAAUAAUUGGACAGGAAGCUCGAACUCAUUCAUUCACAAAACUAUUCAGGAAUUCCUCGCAGCAUAUUAUAUCGCAUGCAAUCCACACGUCAUUGAUGACAUAUUUGACGAAUACCUUAAAAGCUACAAUGAUUCUUGGCUUAAUAUAUCUCAAGUGUUCAUAUUCCUAUGUGGGAUGAACACCAUAGCUGCGAAUGCAUUGUCAGGUUUGAUGGACGAAUAUCACGUUUCUCGGUGCACUAUUUACCCGGUGAUACCUUGUAAGCUUCAGGAUAUCAUUGCGGCUGGAAUCAGGGAGGCAGAAGCCGGAAAACAAAAUGACAUACGCCCGAAACUCAGUCACGUUUUUAUUGAUUCUGACAACAUUCGAUAUUCACAUCGCAUCUUGUCUGCAAACACCCCCAAUGUCCAGUCAUUGACUAUACAAUUCCGUUCGGGGUCACCGUCAGAUUCUGAAACGACGAUCAAUGAAGCGAAAAUGAAGCUGUGUUUAUUCGCAAGUGGCGAGCCUAAAUCUCAUUUUGAGUUUAACCUGUCAUCGUGCCACAUGUUAAAAGAAUUGCGGUUUCAAGGAGAAAACUUAUUUCUUACAGAUUGUGAAAGUUUUGCCACAUCGGAACUUCCGGUCUGGAUUGUCCUCAACAAUGCAGAGCCAGCAAAGUGUGGAGAGCCUCCUCCAGUACUGCCCUCAGUACAAUACAUUGAGUUGCGUUAUGUCAACUGCUCCACUUCCUGGCUACGCCGUCUGUUCAGCACGCUACUGACACUCGAUCAUGAGGUGCAGUGUGAGCUACAUAGAUGUUCCAUAACAUCGUCUGUCGGUGGUCUAUCUACAAAUACAUUUGCGACAAUAAGGACGGGUUUUAACAAUACAUUCCAAGUGCACUGUUCUAUGAACUGCCGCCUUUUUUUGGAGGCUCUAGAUGGUCUGAAUAUUAAAUGCCUGCGUAUCAAUGGGAUGAAGGAUUGUUUCAAACAUUGCCUUUCAGACUUUGUAGGUUUCUUCUAUAAGGUACUUCAAUCGCUCUCACAACUGGAGACACUUAAUAUAAGCGUGAAAGAUAUCCAUUUUGAUCUGUGGGAGGCUCUGCACAGUCUGAAUAUCAAGAGUGUGACUCUAAGUCUGAAGGGAAGGUGGAGUGGUCUCAUAAUAAAUAAUGUAUCGAAGUUGUCGCAGGUUCUCAAAACACAGAUGGACACGAUUAUUAUUGACUUGAAUGCCCACCAAGAUCUGCUAGAGGCUCUGUGUGGUCGGAAUAUAAAUAGUCUCAGUCUUUGUGGAAGCGGAGAACAUUUGGAAGCGAAUCGUGUAUCGGCGUUGUCUAAGUCGCUCUCGUCGCUAAAACAGCUUGAUAAGCUUGAUGUUAUUGUGAACAAUGACAGUCCUGGUCUGUGGCAGGCCCUCCAUGGUUUGAAUAUCAAGAGUCUUAGUCUGAGUGGUGGCAAAACAGGUUUGAUAGUGAAUCAUGUAUCGGCGUUAGCACAGUUAUUGGCAUCGCUCAUACACCUAGAAACGCUUAGUAUUAAAUUUUCUGAAUACAAUCCCUGUCUAAGGGAGGCCAUCCGUGGUCUAAAUAUAAAGUGGUUGAGUCUUUAUUAUUUAGGUCAAUUGGAUCACACAUCGUCAUUAUCGCAGUCACUAGCAUCGCUAGGAUUGCUGGAAACGCUUUUUGUAAAAUUGCGUUUAGGCAUUCCCCUUCUAUUGGAGACUCUCUGUAGUCUGAAUAUCACAUGUUUGAGUGUUGAUGGGGGCUCUUUCGACGUGAAUCAUGAACAGUCGAAGUCAAUGUCGUUGUCACUUGCUUCGCUCACACGGCUGACAAAGCUUUGUAUUAAAAGCAGAUAUAACUGCCCAGAACUGUGGAAAGCUCUCCAUGGUCUGAAUAUCAAGAGUCUGUUUAUAAGUGAAUCUACAAUGGAAGGUCUGCUGGUGAACGAACAAUUGAUAUCUCAUUCACUAUCAUCGCUCUCACAACUGGAAACGCUUACACUAUAUGUAAGUACAUGGAGAGUCAUUCAGCUACCUAUUUCACUAAAGUAUUUAAAUAUCUACUUAGGCAAAAUAUUUGCAUUCCAAUUUAGCGAGAUUGUGAACACACUGUCUGCAUGUACUCAGAGAGUUGAGAUUAAACUUGAAUUCUGUGUCGCGUUUGAUGAUUCAAAAGAACAAUACAAACAGAAACUGGAGACGCUGAAAAAUGUUAAGAUGACACGAUUUCUGAUAUAUACCUGGACACCCUCAAUAGAAAAUGGUUCUGAUUGGUGUGUUCAAAAAGUUGUUGUUCGUGAAGAUGGUAAUCAUGAUGAUGCUAUCGGUGAUGAUAUGCUAUAUAAACAAUAUAUAGACGAUGUGGCUGGCUGGCUUCGUAUUUCUAUGAGAUUUCAUAUUAAUUAAGAUCCAGUUUCGAUCUUACAUGAACAAAACAAAGUUCUUAAUGAAUUCAUCUGCAUUUCUUAUAUAUAAUAUAAACAUUAUUUGUAUUGUCCAGAAGUGUUUUGAGAUGCUGCGUUACGAGACCGAUGGCAUCUUACUCGAACUUGUAUUUGAUUUACUACUACAGUUAAUGUUUAUUUUAAGUUUUUAGUAUCUGUAGUUGAUGAUUAUGAAUUGCUUCAGGGUUUAUAAUUGUGUAUUGUUGCAGUACGCUUAUUGCAAUAGCUUACCAUAGCAAAUAUUGCUCAUGGGGAGCUUUUGAGAAACAUUUUGUCCGUCGUCCGUCAGUGUUGUAAACCUAAAGACUUAUCCUUUUGAACCGCAGGGCAUAUUUUAAGGGCACUUUUCAGAAAUUAUCCUCGGUAACAUUCUUUCAAGUUUCAUUCUGAACGUGUUGGUUUGUCGCAUUAAGUAUAGUAUGUCAAAGGAGCUAAAAUAGAUUUUUAAAUUAAUAAAUCUUCCCUGACAACACUAGAGUCAGUGAUUUAAUAUUUGACGUGAAACUUUAUAUAUUGAUCCUCUACAAAAUGUGUUCAAUUCUUGCCCCUUGGGCAAAAACUUCUUACUUCCCAUGAUUAAUAUGGAUUUAAAUAAUUAUUUACUUUAAAACUAUUCGUCGAUGAAACUGCAAGGGUCAGGGAUUUUUUUGUGAUUUGUAUGGUUUCAGACAUAAUUUUAAGACCUAAAUCGGGACACGUCUAUAAAACAUACUUUUGUUAUUUUUAUGAACCUAAUGGAGAUUUUGUCUUUUAUUAUGUAUAGAUAGAGGACUGCGGUUGUGUCUGUGUCGAAGCUUUGGUUAAAUCAGGGAUCUAAAUGUUUGUAUAGGUCACUGGUUAAAUUGUUUUGAUUUCGUAAUUAGUGUUGAUCAUAAUACUAAUUAUGUAAUGUUUUGAUGAUCAUAAGUUGACAUGGUGGUGUUAAUGUUGAGCGAGAAGAUGUUAAUGAGGAAUGUUAUUUUAGGUGAGUGAAAUUAUUAACACGUGCAUUUAAAUGAGAGUACUGUUGUUAGAAAUUAAAUAAAAUUCGUAACGUUGAAAAGUUAAUAAAAACAGUCAAGAGCAUUAUUUUAAACUUUAACAACAUGUAUGUAAAACACAUUAUAUAUGUACUCAAUGUUUAUGCUCAAGAACAUUACUACAAAAUUGACAAUUUACUGAACGUAAGAGACCAUCUCCUCUCAAACAUAUUAAACAACAAAUAAUGGCCUCUGUUCAUAUAUUUGUUUUACUAGUCAAGUAUAACCAACUUUAAUUGAUACGUUAAGUGACUUUUAUAAACGCAAUUUAUUGUAUACUCGUACGUCUUCCAUAGGAAUGUAAUACAAUAUUUGUUGACAAUAUUAGAUUAGUGCCCUAUCGUUUUGUAGGCCUGGAAUAAAAUAACAUCAAGACUUUCUGAGCAAUUAUUUUUAUUCGUGCUGAGCUGUAUAUAUUUAAAACGAUAGACAUUAACCUGUCGUAUUGUUCAUCAUACCUGCAUGCCCCUAUUCUCGCUCCAAUAUUAAAUUAUAAUCGAUUGACCAUUUUCAUGCAUUUUUAGCAGGAAUAAAUAUGUUUUCUGACGUUUGUCAUGUAAAUCACGAGAUAUUUCACUUAAUAUAUGCAAAUACAUUGUUUUUGCAGUUGUGUUACUUUUAAUUGAAAUAUAUUUCAGAUUGCUAUGAA